ACAAGAGCGCGCAGUGACUUUCAGGCGUGCAUUAAAAAAUUUCAGAAAACUCUAAAACGCUUUAUUCAUACAAUUCAAUUUUUACCAUGCCACGAAAUGGGUUUCAAUUGUUACUAACUGUGGCGAUCCUGCCAGUUAUCAGUUUGGCCGCUAGUCCUGCAGAUGGUCUGCACAAGUACCGUGCUUCUCCAAAACUCACGGGUCCUGUGAAACUUCUACACGAUCCCGAGGACACCAUUCUGAACACCUUGGAUGGCGCUCUGGAAAAGAUCUCCACUAUCUACAUGCAGGCCUUGUUCGCUGGUACCCACACACCGGAACUAGAAGCUCCGCUGAGAGCCCUCGAAAUGGAGUUGUUCGAUCUGCUGGACGAGCUCUAUAAUCAGAAUCGUCUCAAGGACUAUAUAAAGUACGAGGCGGAAGUGACGCGACAAAUGAUAAUCUACAACAUGCUCAAGAGAUUGUUUGGCUACACACAGGAAGUUGAGGCGGGAUCUAUCGAGCUAUAAAUGCUAAAUAUAUUUCCUAUUUAUAAAUCAUUUUAUACAUGCAAAUUGAAAG